AUGGACUCUGGCAACAUCACGGUUCCCCCCUUCCGGAACGAGCGGUCCGACUCGACUUCAUCGAGCUCUUCGACUUCAUCGAGCUCAUCAGCAGCCUCGCAGCGCCGCGCAUCGCACGGCCUCUUUGAAGGCCUGACGGCGCAGAAGCGCGCCACGGACCCCGUCUCCAUUGGUCGGCGUCAGAGCAUGAACGAUCAGCGGCCCCAGGCUGGCUUUAUCGGCCAGAUGUGGAACAGCUGGGUCCGCGGCACCAAAUAA